CCCAAAGCGGCAACCCCGGCGCAAACACGACCCUCUCUCCAGCUUCCAGCAGCCCACUUAUCUGAAUGCAGUAUACCCAAGCCUAGCAUAUCAUUCCGACAUCGUUUCGGGCUAAUCUGAGCGCGUGUUUAGGCUUCUAGACGCGUGUUGAAUUCCUGGCACCGAAAAAUUGAGUUGACGGGGUGCCCACGAGCGGGGUUCGUGGUCAUGAUGUUGAUCGAGGCGGGGGAUGCGGGGGGACUUGUUUAAAAGGCACGAUGCCCGGCUGAAUUGGCGGUACGCCGCGUGUCUUGAUUUCUUGGUCUCGAAUCUGCUAUUUUCUAGCUGUGUGUACUGCUGGCAUACGUGCUUGAAUUCAGACCUUUGAACACUAAUAUAUUCAUACACACCGUCACGAUGUCGAGAAAGCAUUUCUUCCCCAAUCCGGAAGGCGUGGUCCUCCACAACCUGCGCUCCCUAUGCACACGUAACUCGCACAUGGCGCUCGACGAAGCCAAUCGCGUCGUUUACAAUCUCUCACACCCUCCGAAUCAAGUCACUAUCGUAUCUGGCGGCGGGUCAGGGCACGAACCGGCAUGGUCCGGCUUCGUUGGGGACGGCAUGCUGUCAGCUGCCGUGUGCGGUGACAUCUUCGCUUCUCCCAGCACCAAGCAGAUCAUGGCAGGAAUACGAAACGUGCCGAGUAAGGAGGGAGUUAUAUUGUGCAUUACGAACUACACAGGAGAUAUGCUGCAUUUCGGUCUUGCCAGAGAGAAGGGUCAAGCUCUAGGCUACAAAGUCGAUGUUGUGUGCAUGGCGGAAGACGCUGCCUUGGGUCGCGAGAAGAGCGGUAAGGUGGGAAGGAGAGGACUGGCUGGUAACUUGUUGGUCAUCAAGCUUGCUGGUGCUGCAUCACAGAAAGGAUGGGCUUUUGAGCGGUGUAGGAAGAUUGGUGAGUUGGGUAACUCACAACUUGUCACUAUCGGCACGAGUUUGGACCACUGCCACGUACCUGGUCGAGAAGCGUUUGAGAGCGUGCAGGACGAUGCUUGUGUGGUUGGUAUGGGUAUUCAUAACGAGCCUGGCCUACGAACCAUCUCCCCCAUGCCUAGUCCCGAAGACGUUAUCAAAGAGAUGCUGCGCUACCUCCUCGAUCCCUCCGACUCCGACCGUGCAUUCGUCACCUUCAACCCCAAUGAUAACGUCGUGAUGCUCGUCAACAACUUCGGCGGCCUAUCAAACCUCGAAUUCGACGCCCUGGUGAACCUCGCCCUGAUAGCCCUGAAGCGCGACUGGAAGAUUGUACCAACACGCAUCUACGCCGGCGUGCUGGAGACGUCGCUCAACGCCCAGGGCUUCAGCAUCACACUAGGCAAUAUGAGCGGUAUGGCAAAGGCCAUGGACCUCAAAGACGAAGAAGUCAUGGAGUUGCUAGAUGCACCCACAAACGCUCCAGCCUGGCCAAAGAACGGUUACCAACCCCUAAACGUCAACAAGGAAACCGAAGAACUCCGCAACAAAGCCAACGCCGCCGCAGCCGACAAAUCCCUCCUCCACAAGGGCCCCGCUACACCACCCUCCCUCAUCCCCGCGCUCCGUCAAGCCUGCAAAGCUGCCCUCGCAGCCGAGCCCACAAUCACACAAUACGACCUACAAAUGGGCGACGGCGACUGCGGCGAAGCCGUAGCCGGCGUCUGCAAAUCCAUCCUCACCAACAUCGACUCUGUAGAAAGCAGCCCACCACCCAUCCUUGCCCUCCUCGAAAGCAUAGGCGAAAACGUCGAAGACGUCGGCGGCUCCCUCGGCGCCAUCCUCUCCAUUCUCGUAACCGCCUUCACAAACGCGCUAUCAAAAGCAACUCUAUCUCAAAACGCACCGCUAGAUAUCUCCACACUCGCUUCCUCCGCAUCUGCAGCUCUGGAAAACCUCAAGAAUUACACUAGUGCACGGGAGGGCGAUAGGACGGUCAUGGAUGUUCUGAUUCCGUUUAUUAAUACGCUGGCUGAGAGCAAGGAUCUGAGCAAGAGUGUGGAUGUUGCGGAGAAGAAGGCGGAUAGCACAAAGGAUAUGAAGGCCAAGUUUGGGCGCGCGACGUAUAUCAGUGAGGACGGGAGUGAGAGGAGUAAGAUUCCUGAUCCGGGUGCGUAUGCCGCGGGUAUUUGGUUGAGGGGGUUGGAAAAAGGGUUUGGUGGGUCGUAGGGUAGAUGGAAAUGUAGUGUGAUGGUUGUGUGAUAUGGAGUCUGCUUUCUUGGCAGGAUGAUUGAGAAUGCUAGAAGUCAUGUUGCAUUACAAUUUUACCGCCUACAUACUAUAAAGAGUUAGUAACGAAAUCGUAUGCAGGACAAUAUAUCCUCCCAAAUAGUGAUUUGGCCAAAUGCGACAACACGAAUUCGAGCCA